AUGACGGACGUGGGCGAUGUGAUCAACUACGUGGCGCGGCCGGAGUUCAUCGUGUCGCUCGACUCGAUCGAGCAGUCCAACGCGAGCGUGCCGCUGAAGCCGGCGUGCGCCCCGCCUGCCGUGCACGUGCGACUGGAGGAGCGUGUACCGGUGCUGGAGCGCCUAAAAGCGCUUGUGCCGGUCGAGUUCGCGCUGAUCGACCACGUGGAGGAGGGAGUGCCGGAGGAUGUGCUGUUCCACCCGUACUUCGACUGCCAGGGUGGUCUCGCGUCGAUCGCAGCAAAGUUCCCGGAGUACUUCCAGGUCGUCGACGGCAUGCUGCGCCGCCGGCCGCCGCAUCUCGCCCCGCUCGCACUCAAUGACUACACGCUAGAGGAGUCGCCGAUCCCCAGCGUCGCGGCGCUGGUGAAGCAGCAGGUCUGCAGCGGCGACAUUCCACAGUGGGUGAACGUCACGUCGCUCUACGAGCAGCUUACACGAGAGCAGAAGCAGCAGAUCAAGCGGGAGUUCAAGAGCUUUGCGGGAUUCCUGCGGGCCCACGGCCGCUCCUUGUCACUCUCGCAGGACAUGCUGCAGGUGGCGAGGUGGAUUCCACAGGAACGCAAGACAUCCUCACAGGCGCUAUCCUCGUCGGCGUCAGCAGCGGCUGUGGACGAUGCAAAGGGGACGACACCCGUGGAGGGGAGCGCGGAGGGUGCCGGAAAGGCUGCCACACCCCCAACACACUUUCAGUACGAGUACACGCACACCCAUAUCAUCAAUGAGUUGUUCGACAAGUUUCCGCCACACCGCACGCUAAAUCUGGAGGAACUACUGGCGCUUGUCGCCCCAGAGAUGCGGCCCUCGCUGCCCAAGAAGCUACUGCCGUGGCUCGCCUCUUACCCGUCGUACUUUGUCGUGGAUGACGCAACAGAGAAGGACCCCAAGAAGGUGAGCAUCCGCCGCGCCUCUGACCGUCAGCCGCUGGACGUGGCGCUGGAGCUAUAUCAGUGCAUCCCGGAGGGCGGCAUCACCGUGGCGGAGCUUCUGCCAAAGCUGCCGGAGGUGCAUCGCGCAUACGUACAGCAGAUUGGGCUGCAGCACAUCGUCGACUCUCUGCCAGAGUGGCUUUCUCUCACAAAGACAGAAGGAGCGGUGGGGAGUGAUGAAGGACAUCUGUUGCUAAAUCGACUCCAAACAGAGGUGGAUCUCGAGCGUGCGAUACACACCAAGGAGUCCAGACUGGCCAAUGGCAGCGAUGACAAAGCGGCGAUGGCGAGGGAAUUUGAUGAGGCAGUGAUGGAGCAGCGAUGGCCCAAACUAAAGUACGAGGGCAACAUGAGUCGGCAGCCACAUCAACACGUGACGCGCCCACACCAUCUACGUGGCGGCCGCGGCGGAUAG